UAAGACCUGGGCUGCGCCGCUGCCCAGCGACCCCUUCCUCCGCAUCAAAGAGCACAGGGGGCUGCACUCCAGGACCCAAGCCCCACUCUGGUUCUCAUGUGCUCUCCUGUGUCUUGUGCCGACUCGCCCUUCGCACAGAUGCAUUGGAGGCUCUUUGCACUUCUGCUCCUUAGGAACUGCGUCUACCCAGCGAUUCCGACUACUCGAAAGCUGAACGCCAGUUCCGAUUUACCAGACGACUGUAAGGGCUGUCUCGAGUGUUCUGGAGAUAAUGGCUGCCUGAAAUGCCCAGAGAAGCUCUUCUUAUACAUUCAAAGAGAGGGGAUGCGUCAGCAUGGAUCCUGCGUGCACGCCUGUCCACCAGGCCACUUUGGGGUCAGAGGUCAAGAUGUGAAUAGAUGCAUACGCUGCAAGACCUCCAACUGUGAGAGCUGCUUCAGUAAAGAUUUCUGCAUGAAAUGUAAAGGGGGAUUUCAUCUGUUUAAGGGGAAAUGUCUGGUAACGUGUCCAGAAGGUACUUCACCACAUUUGUCUGAAUGUGUUGAAGGUUGCCAGGUGGGUAAGUGGAGCGAAUGGGGUACUUGCACAAAAAAUGGACAGACAUGUGGCUUCCGAUGGGGAAUGCAAGAGCGGACUAAAAGCACUCAAGAGGGGCUGGGAGAAGAAUCACCUAUAUGCACCCAUGUCUCAGAGAGCAGGCGCUGCAGGAUGAAGAAACGUUGUCCUGGAGAUAAAGUUAAGACAGAGAAUAAAAAUAAAGGCAAGAAAGGAAAGCAACCAAAGAAGUUGCCAAGGAACUCAACGGCCACCGAACCACCCGGAGGAUCUUAAAGCUCUCUGCUAUGGCGGAUGGACACAGAGAUGCACCGCUGGGCUGCAGACAGAGAAAUGUACUUGAAAUGUGUUUUUCUUAUGUUUUUGUUUUACUCCUUGGUUAAAAUGAUCUUUUUUUUGUUUGUUUUUAAAGACAUUGUGAUGCAAGAGACUCAGUAUUCCAUGAACUCAAAAUUUAAUUCAUUUCAAACUAACUUUAGACUUGCAAUUUGUGCUUGGCUAACUUUAUAUUAGACAAGUUAUUUAUCUAAAUGUAGCUUCACAAUACAAUACUGCUAGGGACAAACCAGUUAGAACAAAGGAAGAUCCUGUAUACUGUAAGUAACGUAUACUACUGUAAAUAAUAGUGGACUGCCGUCACCUGUGGACCCCAGAAGAUGUGAUGCAUUUCAAAUAGGCUGCUUAAGUAGCACCCACCGCCAAGCUGAAUAAGCUAGGCUACUCUUCUGUUGGUGUAUCCUCUCCAUUUUAUCAGAUCUGAGUGGCUUCACUCUCAAUCAAAAACUCUCUCAGCACUUCCCAGCCAUUUACUUUUUUGGCCUGAUUAUGUUCUCUUCAGCUCAUAUCACCAGACUUAUCGGUCAUCUGGAUAACAGCCUCUUGCCUUAUACUGCAUUGAGUUACCUAACAUAUUUUAAUGCUGCUCUUUCCAGUGGUAGGUUCUUGGAUUCUCAUCCCCAUUAAGGUGGUUUGGCUCUUAGUUAACCUUCCUCUCUCUAUUCCCAUCACUUCUUCUGUCAGGCCUCCUUCUCUAAUCUGAGACUAUUGGAUGCAAUGAGAGUGUAACCCACAAUAUCCUCUCUACUCUGGCACUCGCUAGGCUUCUCUGAUAGCACUUAAUAGCCAUGCAGGUUGUGGCCAUAUUUUUAAAAUGUCUAUAAAAGAAUAGAACCAUUUAACAGCUUGGUAAAGACAAAAAGAAAUUAAAUGAGACUAAUGGGAACAAAUGGCAUGUUUUCUUGAUUUUGCAUGCUAUGAUUUGUAGUUUGGCAGGCAUUAAAUUGAAAUUUUGUUUUUUUCCAUGUCAUGCUAGUCAUAUUUGACAUUACGAUCUCUAGUGCAAUGACAUAGGUGGUUUAGGAUACAUAUUUUUCAAGCACUGACAUUUUUCACAUAUCUCCACAUUAUGAAAUUUAAUAACGCUAGAUAUUCCUGGGAUGCGUGCCAAAAAUAUGCAGCAUAUUGUAACAAAGCUGCCAAUUCUGUCUACAGUUCUUGAGUACAAAUAAAAGAUUUUCAUUUCUGGAUGAAAAAUGACAGUGUUUUAUUUAGUAGGUGUGCGAGGAGCUAAAUGUAGGAAGAGGCGACUACAGAGCACAGCAACAACUUAGAAAUAUACGACUGAAAUAACAUUCAGGACUUAAUUAACUGAUUUGCAAGUUGGACUAUUUAAAUCUUUUUUAGUUACUUCAUCAAAAAAUCCAUUUUGUUUGUAGCGUUAUUUAUUAAAUAUUUUUAUAGCGUUGAAUCAUAUGCAAAAACAACAGUGAAGUCAAGUCAAGUUGGGGAGCAUGCACUGGUACAGUGAAUUUCCGCACCCGCUACAUGACGAAACAACUUAGGAUCCUGGUUGGCAAAUCCCCAGACACACACGCGGCCCCGUCCCACCCUCCGGAAAUGACCCUCUAUCUGCUGCAGCCAGGUGUUACAUGGACAACCCCUUGGCCUGGUCCAGCU